CUUUUAAACCAAAAUGAUAAUAUAUCUAAUAAUCAAUAUUUAUUUAAGCGUUUGUUUAUGUGAUUUAAACGUGGUAUAUCAGUGGGACAAAAUAGAUUUGUCAAUUCAUGAAACGGAACAUUCUUAUAUUCCAGAAAACAAUCUUGUGCACAGAAUGAAAAUUUGGAACAACACAUUGUACAUGGCCAUACCCAGGUUUAAGCCAGGGGUUCUGGCCACGUUAUGCAAAAGUAACAGAGGUACUAUACAACCAUUUCCGUCUUUAAGUCUUCAAAGAGUUGGUAGUUGUUUUGGAAUGCAAAACAUCAAGGAAAUCGAAAUUGAUCAUUUAGGUCACUUAUGGAUGUUAGACGUGGGUAAGGUUUACGAUCUAGAAGAACCCGAUUACACCUGCGAUCCGAAAUUGCUUAUACUGGACAUAAACACGGGUAGAAUGAUACGAUCAGCGGUGAUACCGAGCAGCAUGUACACUAAUCAAAGUGUACUUAGUGGCAUCUCAAUCGAUUUGAAAUCACUUACGGUUAUAAUAGCUGAUAUAGGUCCCAAUUCUGGGUUUAUUGUUUAUAAUUAUGACCUAGGAUUUUUUCAAAAAUUUCAAUGUAAAUUAUUAUCCAGCGUUAAAGACUAUAACGAAGCACUUUUAACUAUAUCUCCAAUUGAUAAUAUGUUAUACUUCACCACCGUAGAAAUGGACAGUCUAUUUACAAUUCCAUUGAGUGUAUUCGAUGCGCCUUUCAUCAACGACAUAAGUCAUUACGUUAACAACCAAGGACUGAAAACAGAUACAUCGACUGCUAUGAUCAUGGAUACGACUGGGAACUUGUAUCUAGGUUUGACUAGGAAAGUAAUCGCCUGGAACACUUUGAAAAACAGUUUCGACGUCAAAGAUUUGUACAUACAAGAAGUGAGAUUCGAUUGGAUUUCAAGUUUCGCAUUUGAUUCAAAUGGAUACUUGUGGAUCACUACCUCGGCAUUCAGAGAUUUCCUAAAUGGGUCAAGUUCGAGGAGAAUGAAUAUUAAAAUAUUUAAAAGAUUUUGUGGUACAACAGCCUUCGCACUUCAACAUUUACAAACGUAUGUAAACAAUAACACACUACCAAAUAAUACCAACUCUGCCGAUUCUAAAAUUGCUACUUCUAUUUAUCUUUUAACUCUAAUUAUAUUAUUAAAAUAUAUAUCGUAG